AGUUCCGGGGCUGGUCGAACCGUUCCACGUUCAUGUUACGCCUGCAGCAGCAGAAAGAUCAAGUGUGACAAGAGGGAGCCAUGCUCUGCUUGUACCCGGACCAACAGAGCUUGCACCUAUCCACCCUCCGGUCCACGUAAGCGGCGGACUAGGAGAACGAUCAUGGCGGAUAUGGCAUCUCGGAUUGCCAUGUUAGAGAAGUCCCUGGCCAAAAUGAAAGAAGAAGGUACCUCAAUUCCCGAAGGGUCUCUGCCGAGUGCUACUACUACACAUGUUGCUCCACGAGCACAACCGGUGUCUAUACAGCCCGGCAACCCAAGCGAGAGAGAGAAACCGGGAGAAGACAUUCUCGUGCAGAAAGGCUCUUCCACGCAGUACUUCAAUGAGGUUCUGCUAUCCAGAGUGAUCGAAGAGGAAGGAAAUGUCCGAUCUGUGUUGACCCCACCUCAUAUAACAGCACCGCACCCCCCCGUAUCCUCCCCCUUUAAUGCACUAGGGAUCCUGUCCUCCCCUUGCCCGUCACUGGUUCCUGCUAAUCUCCAUCCCCCGAAACGACUGGCUGUGGGGCUCUGGAACAUUUAUGUGGAAAACGUAGAGGUGUGCACGGGGUUAAAGAUGUUGCACCUGCCUACCGAUCAGGUCAGGGUAUAUUCCACGAUUGAGGACCCUGGGUCGGCAUCCACAGAGAAUCUUGCCCUGUGCUUUGCUAUAUACUUCGCCUCCACAGUCUCCCUUGAUGCCCCAGAUGCACAGAUAACUCUGGGGCAAGAUACUGAUACGCUCUUGCUGCGGUUUAAGAUUGGUCUGGAACAGGCGUUAGCUCAUGGGGACUUCUUAGACCGUCCAACCAUCACUGGACUGCAUGCCCUAGCCAUAUAUUUGUCCGUGCUACGGGUUCACAAUCGCGGGAAGGGAAUAUGGAUUCUGAACGGCCUGGCAAUCCGUAUCGCUAAAUCGCUAGGUCUUCAUCGUGAUGGAGCGCAGCUCGGGCUAUCGGUUUUUGACUCGGAGAUUCGUCGCCGUCUGUGGUGGCAUCUCGUCAGUCGCGAUAGCCGUGCGGGCGAAGACUACGGCCUAGAAAACACCAACAGCUUAUUGAUGGCCUCGGAUGUGAGCCUACCCAUCAAUGUUGCAGAUUCCGAGCUUUAUCCGGAGAUGCAGCACCUGCCUGAACCCAGGGAGGGCUGGACACCUAUGACCUUUUCUUUGGUCUAUAUUGCUCUAGCGAAAUCUAUGCAGAGAUUGGCGACCAUCGCGGCGUCCUCCCGGCCGUCUUCCCCGCCCAGCGAGGAUACCAGAGCACGCAUUGUCAAAGAGACCGAGAUGCAGGUGGAAAAGUUACUGCAUUAUUGCAAUCCUGUCAUACCGCCGCAACGUUUGACACUCUUGUGCUCGCGGUUCCUCCUCCGCAAACUUGACUUUGUCACGCGACUGCAAUGGAUUUUAUUGAAGCGCUCCGAUCCUGACGUGGACUUUGCCACGGAAGAGAACCUCCAAGUGGCAUUGGAACUCCUCGAAACAAAUAUUUAUCACAAAGAUCCGCUGUUGAUUCAGUUCGCUUGGGUCUACAAGGCUUACCCACAAUACCACGUUGCGUUGUAUAUCCUCUCCCAUCUUUCCGUGAAGCCCGAGGGCCCCAAUGUUGAGAGAGCAUGGGAGGAAAUUGACAAGCUAUUCGGGUACGAUCUUUUGGAUAAAUUCACCAGUGGGUUUGGGUCAAAGGCCGCAGUUCUAGCUGCCCUGAGGACAAAGGCUCUGGCAGUCAGAGAAAGGGUUCAAAGGCAGGAUCCCGAGGGCGAU